AUGGUAGAUUAUUACAAUCCCCUGCGUGACUAUGUUGUAGCAGUAGGAAAAGUAAAGAAGAAUGCAACCGAGCAGAUGUCCAGGGCAUACUUGGAAGAUGCCAGGCGAAUGAGUCACAACCAAGGAUCCCAUUUCCACUUCCACAACUUGGGUACGCAGGACCUCCCCUCUUCCUCCCCCGUCGCGAUUCCUGGACCGGUGACUUCACCCGGAGCUCGCCCGGGGUGCCCACGGCAACACGGGGCCCCACAACACACUUCAAAGGGUUUUCUUGAGGGGAAAUUCAAAAACCCGCUUGUACGAACACAUCAGUCGGAGGGUGGCAAAUGCCCCCGUGAGGAGCAACGCCCCCGCGGGCACUUCGGGCAAGUGCAGUUCCCAUGCCCCGGCGCUGCAGACAAAGAGCGGUCCGAGGCGGCCGCCCGGAGCCCGGUUAAUAGCCGCGUGGAGGUGGUGCAUCCGUGCGGGGAAGUGCCGCGGGAUCCUCGGGGCGCGCCCUGCGCGGAGCUGUCCUCUGGGUUAAUCAUUGAAUUUUCUGAUAAUGGCACGGAUGAGAUUGGUUCAGGUGACUAUGGAGACUACGGAGAGCCAUGCUUUCAGCAUGAGAAUGCCGAUUUCAACCGGAUCUUCUUGCCAACGAUCUAUUCCAUCAUCUUCCUAACAGGAAUAAUCGGCAAUGGAUUGGUUAUUGUUGUUAUGGGCUACCAGAAGAAACAAAGAAGCAUGACUGAUAAAUACAGGCUGCACCUCUCUGUGGCUGACCUCCUUUUCGUCAUCACCUUGCCAUUCUGGUCUGUGGAUGCCGCCAUAAGCUGGUACUUUGGGAAUGUUCUGUGUAAGGCAGUUCAUGUCAUUUACACAGUCAACCUCUAUAGCAGUGUCUUGAUUUUGGCCUUUAUAAGUUUAGAUCGUUACCUGGCAAUAGUCCACGCUACCAACAGCCAGCGACCACGAAAGCUGUUGGCUGAGAAGGUGGUGUAUGUAGGCGUAUGGCUACCAGCUGUGCUUCUGACAGUGCCCGAUAUAAUUUUUGCCAGUACUAGUGAAGUAGAAGGGAAGUAUCUAUGUGAUCGCAUGUACCCUCAUGAAAACUGGCUGAUUUCUUUCAGAUUUCAGCAUAUCUUGGUAGGACUUGUCUUGCCUGGUCUAAUAAUCCUGACUUGCUACUGUAUUAUAAUAUCUAAGCUGUCACAUUCAAAAGGCCACCAGAAGCGCAAAGCCUUGAAGACAACGGUUAUCCUCAUCCUCGCCUUCUUUGCCUGCUGGCUGCCAUAUUAUAUCGGCAUCAGCAUCGACACAUUCAUCUUGCUAGGAGUCAUCAGACAUCGUUGCAGCUUGGAGACGAUAGUGCAUAAAUGGAUCUCCAUUACCGAAGCCCUGGCAUUCUUCCACUGUUGCCUGAAUCCAAUUCUGUAUGCCUUCCUGGGUGCCAAAUUCAAAACAUCGGCACAAAAUGCCUUGACGUCAGUUAGCAGAGGAUCAAGCCUCAAGAUUCUUUCAAAAAGCAAACGUGGGGGACAUUCUUCUGUUUCUACAGAGUCCGAGUCUUCAAGUUUCCAUUCCAGCUAACGCUGCUCCUUGCCAUCAUUUUAUAAAUAGACACUUUAAAGUUGCGCAAGAUUUCAGAAAAACAAGACUGACCAUAAUGUACAGAUUUAUUUACAGUUGGAAUUUUAUAUUGUUUCUUUUAGUCUCUGUGAAAUUUAAUGGACUUAUUUAUAUAAAAAAAACUUUCGUAUUGACGACAAACUGUCUAGGCAGGUCCUGCGGACAAGUGGUUAGUUCACAAAAGUUUUAGUGCUUGUCUGUAUGUAUAGAUAUGUGAACUAAACACUUCUGGAUUGUAGCAAAGUGACUGUUAAAAGUUUAGAAAAUAUUUCUCUGUUGUUUAUAUGUAAAUGUUUUCAGUGUUGCUGUUAAAUUCUUAAAAAAUUUGGCUGGAGAUUUUUACCUUACUACAAGGUGUUUGGUAUACAAUAGCUUAACUCUGCUGUAGAAAUGGCACUUAUAACCAAAGCCUCCUGUUAUAUGCUAGGGUUUUUUUCCCCAUUCUCAGUAAUUGAUGGUUUGCAAAAUUUUCUGUUCAAGGUAAAUAAAAGUGUAUGAC